CUCUAUUGGUGCUUUAUUCUCAGGACAAUUUUGUCCUGUUGUACACAGGAACCCCGGUAGCCCAAACACGUGAUCACCAUGAAGAUGAGUGAUGAAUAUUUUACUGAUACGUCCUGGUUUGAUGGAGCUCUUCAUAAGCUUGGUUUGGGUGCCUUCGCCACAGUCAAACAUCCAACAGCUAUUUUCAUGUCGUAGAACAGUGCAACUAGCUCCUCUGUGAAGAGAAGGAUAACACGAUCCAGUUCCAAUAAAAUGUAAUUCCAUCAUUUUGAAACAACCUCGAAAUUUUACCGAAAUUCUUCUUGAAUUCAAGCCUUUGAGAUGCCUAUAAUGGAUGGAGAAGAAAGUGGGGACGAAGAGGUGGAAAGAAGCCCAAACGAAGAGGAAAAUGGCAGCGAAGAAGAUGAAGAAGACAACACCAUGUCUUCUGCCUCUGAGGACUCUUCGUCUGACUCGAUUGAUGAGACUGAAAAUGAAAGACGGAGAGCUGAGUGCCUGGAUGAUAUGGCAGACUUGGAAAGACAGUUCGUGGAGUUAAAGGAGCAAACUAACGUAAGUGGACCAUUGGCAGAAUUGAAAGAAAUGUGUGAGAUAAGACUAGAAGUAGCUGAUAUUCUCAAGCAGUGUAGACUUGUGAAUGUAAAGCACAAAUAUGAUGCCGAAGAACAAUCAGCAGUUCAACAUUUUGAGAGUGAGAAAUUAGCUCUGAUGGAAGGAAUGAAAGCAGAUUUUGAGGAAAAGAUCCGAAAACUUGAAGAAGACAAACACAAUAUUGAUAUAUCAGCAGAUGUCUGGCUUGAGUCACAAUCGAUGCACAAGAAGCACAGAAAAGCAGCUGAUGGUGUUUUAUUUCMAGAAAAGYGCCRCAAACCAGUCACUAUAUCAGGUCCAUAUAUUGUAUAUAUGUUAAAGGAAAUGGAUAUAUUAGAAGACUGGGCAGCAAUAAGAAAGGCAAAAGGAGCUCUUGCAAGAAGGAAAGCUCAAAUGACAUCCCGGGGUUCAUACCAUACUGAAAAGAUUCCAUUUAGUGCAAGAUAUGAAGAUGGAAAACUUUAUUAUGAAGGCGAAUGGUUCCACAAAGGAAGUCAAAUUGUUAUUGAAGGAAAAGACGGCACUAAUUACAGUGCAAUGGUGACUGGAAUAAACACUGGCGAGAUAUUGGUUCGCAGAAAUGAUGGAUACAAAACCAAUUUGUACAUAGGGCAGUUACAAAAAGGAAAAUUUAAAAUUAGGAAACAGUUAGUAGCAUAACUUUCCCUUCCAUCUAAACAUCCUGGUGAAUUCUUCUUAACUGAAAAUGUAACAUUUCAAGUACAGGAAGCUCUGAAAAUUUUUAAAAUGUAAAUAUCUGUGUAAAUGAAUCCCAGACUUUGUGUCAGUAUAUUACUUUCCAAAACAGAAAUAUAUCCUAAAGUCAGAGUUUCAGUUUUGAUUCUCUGCCUAGUUUGAAAUCUUCCUUGUUGAUACCUAACCCACUAACUAUACAUUUCUUGUAACUGGCAUUGCUGUAAACUUAGCUUCAACUUCAUGACWACCAAAAUUACAUGGGUAGAAGAUCAUGUCAAUACCUCAGUGUUUGGAUACAGGUUCAAAAAACUCGUGAAAAUAUAAUUCAUAAGCCUUUGAUUCAAUUGAAAGGAACAUACAUGCCUUGUGCAUGGACUUUUAAAACCRAUAAAUUCCUCAUGCUUCAUUAAUAUUCUUUACAUAAAGAAUUCUAAUGAGGAAGAAGAAGACUUAGAGCCUUAUGAAGGUCAGUCUAAUGUACAAUCACAGAUGACCCACAAAAUCUGGUAGACUAGUGUUUCCAACUUGUGGGAGUCUCUUGGGACUUGCUGUGCAUACUAAAGUAUAUAUUUGCGGCAUAUUUGAUAACCCAAAUUCAACCAAAGGUUUGUGAGAUAUUCCUGAGUUUUUCGAAGCUGUCCAAUAAACCCACAGAUCAUGUUUUAUCAGGUCAAAAACCACUUUGCUACACCUCAUAUUUUAAAACCUGAUGAAACACUCCUGCUUAAUUUGUUAAACAGUACAUAAAACACUCUUGAGAUAACAGCAAUAUAUAAAUGACCUGUGUUUGCACUUU